AAAAAAUUCUUCCGUUAACUAUUUCAAAAUUGUAAUUGAACUUCCAGCACUCUGCUCGCGCUAGAUGCCCGAAUCUUUUUUCUACAACAGCCACUUUCGAAUCUGAACAUAACUUUCUUCCUUCUGGGCUGGAGUAGGAAGCGACGUUCAUAAUCACAGUAAUAACCAAGUGGGACCUUCAGAUGCAUUAUUCAGCGCAUCAUUUAUGACGUCGUGGUCCAGGAGGAUAUAAAGACGGACCAUGGGGGGUACCGACAUCCAACAGCUUGACCAUGUCCCCCACAUCGAAAGUCUGGUUGAUAACAGGUGCCAAUUCUGGAUUAGGAUUGGCGAUCGCUGAAUAUGUCCUUGGUCAAGGUCACCAGGUGAUUGCAUGCGCUCGAGAUACCAACAAGUUGCCUAUCUCACUCAAAACUGCAUCAGCCCUGCCCCUUGAUCUCAACUGGUCAGAUUCUCGAAUCAAGGAGACUGCUGUGAGUGCGUGGAACAUUUACGGACGCGUCGAUGUACUUGUCAACAAUGCCGGAUACUGUCUCACCGGUCCUGUGGAAACUCUGUUGGCCGAUGAUAUUCAGUCGCAAUUCAAGACCAACGUCUUCGGACCAAUAUCUUUAAUUCAAGCAUUCAUCCCUCUUAUGCGCGAGGUUCAUUCGGGAUGGAUAUUAAACUUCUCUUCUAUUGCUGGUUUUGACGGAUACCCACCUUUUGAUGCAUACAACGCCAGUAAAGCCGCCCUGGAUGCAUUCACUGACUCGCUUGCACGAGAAGUCUCUAAAUUCGGUAUUAUCGUCCGCAGCGUCGCACCCGGAUUCUUUCCCACUAAUUUCCUCACCACCGCGUUCAACACAUCUUCAUCUGCAUCGUUUGCAAUGUAUCCCGAAUACGACGGCCUGACAAAGUUGUAUCAUGAAAAGCAUAUCCAAGACGGACAAGUAGGCGAUGCCGAGAAACUAUCAGCACGAUUGUUUGAGAUUGUAACGGGUGAGGUGAAGCUAGAUGAGAAUUGGACGAGGAUACCACUCGGACCUGAUUGCGGUAUCCGUAUGCUGAAAAAACUUGGUCAGCUCAAGGAGAAUGUGGAAGGUACCGAGAAAAUAUGGAGCUCUACUGAUAUGGACUUGGAAAAAGUCAAGGCACGGUUCACGUAGCUAGGUAGGCAUAUCUAUUCCACCCCCAUAGACAAAGCAGGAUCAUACGUCGAACCAGCAGAGUCUUUGUCACUCUCCUUCCUAUCAAGAAAUUCUCUGUGGUAUGCCACAUCACUAUUUGGUUCACUGGGUGCAUCGUUGUCCUAGCUUGGGUUACUCCCGGUAGUAUGGCAAGCUUAUCUGUGCUGUCCUUGCAAGUCAUCAAGUGAUUACGCCCCGAUAAUAGGUGUCAUCAUUAUCCGCCACAUCAGUCAAGGCUUCUAUCAGCGGAAACCAUGAAUAGUUAUCUUUGUAGGUUCAUAUUUUGGCUGCUAGGCGGUGUCAACAAAGCAAGUCUACC